ACCCAGGAGAGAGGAUCCGUCUAACUAGGGUCUGGACUGGUGAUGGAGUAUACACUAAUUUGACAUUCCAGACUCCAAAGCCCGAGCAAGGUAAACAGAGAUGAUCCGACAAGGACGGGAACGGACAAGGUCCUGUCGCACUGCAGAAAAGGAGGGGCGACUGGGCGUCAAGCCCCAGGGGCUACUUCGCCACACAACAUACCCCUUUGGGUCUAGAUCAACACACCAGCCACAUAUCCCUCCUGCCUCAUUGUGGCUGGUGUGUUCCCUGUGUAAUCCCGAGAUGCAUGAGAGGCUGUUCAGUAAUAGAGGAGAUAACCUUAGACUCCGUCCUAGUAAACUCUGUCUGAAUGCUGUUGCCUUGCAUGGAUCUCUGAUGGCACUCCUGACACCGGUCUGCUCGGCUAGCAAAUGACAUUCUCCUCAAGAUAUCUGUGAGAUAGACCCGAAUUAUGCCGGGAUGAUACUGCAGAUGCCUCUUGGUCCCACUGCCUCUGAGACCACACAACAUGUAGAUCCUCUUUCUGUAGUUGGGGGUUUCGGCCGGAUGAACGGUGGGUCCACUGCAUGAUACCCAGUACAACGGUGUGC